AAAUAUGUUGAUUUACUUCCCUACCGCCACAGAACAACUGAAUAGUGAAUACCGAAAUCGCGAUAAGUAAAUUUGUAAUUUGAAAUUUGAAUCGUUAAAACGAGUGUUAAGUCUUCAAAAAAUAUAAAUAGUAAAUACCCAUUUUCUAUCUAUUACACUUCCGAUUUUAAAGUCAAGAACUCAAAAAUGACUUGGCAGCCGAACACCACCACAAUGAAAAGGGAAAAUAAAACGUCGAUGUACACCGAAUAUGGAAAUCUUAUUAAAGAAUUAGAACAGUACAUGCCACAAUUUAAAGCAACUAUUAAAGAUCUACAAGAACCUUCUCAAUCGUUCGUGACAGAUUUUUACACUGAUGUAUUCAGCGAAUUCUUCUGUGAUGUGAAUAAUUUGACAGAGAUCCAUAUCACUCAAAAUCUCACGUAUAAUGAAAUGUACUCAGAAACUGUACCAAUAUUGAACAUGUGCACAGCUUUAAAAUAUAUUUACUCAAAAUUGGGAAUUGAUGAUUUUGGUUUGAAUGAUAUUUGUGAUCCGAGUUCAAAAAGAACGUACCGUUUAUUACAAACAAUGAUAAACUUCAUUAAAUAUAGUGAUGAAAAAAUACAUGAAGUUGAUGCUAAAAUGAAAGCAGUUAGAAAUAUGAAAGACACAAUUGAUAGAUACAAGAAGCAAAAGGAUAUAGUUGUGAAUACAAUUAAUAAAAAGUCAUUAGACCGUAUACAACGAGGAGCUGAAAUCAAAACAAUUGCAGAAGAAGUGAAAAAUGGAAAGUCUGAAUUGGCCAUGAUUCAAAAACAUAGAGAUGAUGUAUUAAAAGAAUUGGAUAAAGUGAAACAAGAUCAAGAUGAUAUCGAAAAAAAAUGUUCAAAGUUGUGUGAACUAAAAGAUAAUAUCAUAAGAGAUAUAAAUGAUCUUAGAGCACAGAUUGUAGAGGCACCAGAUUUAUUGAAAGCCGAUCAUGAACGUCUAAAAAGAAUGAAAAAUGAAAUAACAGAAAAGAAAACUGCAAUGAUGGCACAAGUCAGUGCUAAAAAACAAACUGUUAUAAUUCUGGAACAAGAACUAACAGCACAAGAAAAACGAUUACGUUUGUUAUCAGAUGUAACUGAAAAAAAUGAAAAAAUUUCUAAAUUAAGUAAUGAAAUAGAAUCAAUGUCACAAACAAAAUGUGAAUUAGAAGAGUUUUCAGAAAAUUUGAAAGAAAAAAUUGAAAUCAUGGAACGUGAAAGAGCUGAUAUAAACAAUAAAAUAAAUUAUUUUGCUAAAGAAAUGGAGCGGGAACACAACUCAUACAAGUCUAAAUAUGAUGCAUUAAAUAAAGAAAUUGACAGUAUGAUAAAACAGUCCAGUCAUCAAUCUGAAACUAUAAAGUCGUUGGACUUUGAGAUUAAUAAAUGUAAUUUGCGUAAGAAAGAAUUGGAAACUGAUGUAAUUACUAUUAUGAAAGACUUUGAAUUUUCCAAGAACGCUUUAAAUGAAUUACAAAAACAAUUCAAUUUAGAAACCAUUAAAAAUCUAAUGCAUCUUGUGAAAAAUGAACAUGAUUAUUAAUAUAUUUUGUACUUUUUACUAUUUUAUGUAUAUAUUUAUUCAAUAAUUAUUUUAUUUGUAUUUAUUAAAACUAUGAAAGAGAUGUUUUUGAAACUUUUCACUGUUAUUGUGAUCAAUUUAAAACUUUAUACGGGUGUCACAAUUAUGAUGUUUUAAUGACGCUUUCAAAUUUUAAUUGUAAAAAUGUUGAUUUAUAAAUAAAAAAAUAAUUAAUUUACUUAA